AUGUUCUCCAUCCACCUCUCGCAACCUCUCACGCAGGUUGGGGAGGGCAGGAGUGUCUUUUUCAGGAAUUCCAGGCAGCAUUGGCAUCCCACCUACGUGGAUCCAGACGUGCCCAGGGUCCUUCUAGUCGGCCCAACCGAUAGUGGAAAGUCCACACCAGCACGCAUGCUGCUGUGUUGGGCGGCCAGACAGCAAUGGCAUCCCACCUACGUGGAUCCAGACGUGCCCAGGGUACUGCUAGUUGGCCCCACUGACAGCGGCAAGUCAACCCUGGCCAGAAUGCUGCUGUGUUGGGCGGCCAGACAGCAAUGGCAUCCCACCUACGUGGAUCUAGACGUGGCUCACAGCAGUGUGACCGUGCCGGGGGCUGUAGCGGCCACGCCAGUGGAAGCACCCCUAGAAGCCAGUGCCAAGACGGUGGAGGAGGCACCCCUGGUGCUGUUCUACGGACACACCAACCCCAGGUUACUGGGUGUGUUGGCCCAAGGGCCACUGUUUCAUGCAGUAGGAUGGGCAGCAGCAGGGAUCAUAGCGAACAGCAUGGGAUGGGUGGAUGGGGCUGGUUACCAGGUGUGUGUUGAUGGGGCUGGUUACCAGGUAUGUGCUGAUGGGGCUGGUUACCAGGUAUGUGCUGAUGGGGCUGGUUACCAGGUAUGUGCUGAUGGGGCUGGUUACCAGCUGCUGCUGCACUCCAUUGAUGCCUUACGGGCCAACGUGGUGCUUGUGUUGGGGCAGGAGCGGCUCUACAGCAUGUUGUCGGAGCACUAUCGAAGCAAAGCAGCAGCUGCUGCAGCGGAUGGUACCCCUGCCGGCCAUGCAGCAGCAGUGGAGGUGGUGAAGCUUGUGCGGUCCGGAGGUGCCGUGUCCCGCCCUUCCAAGUUUAGGCAGAGGUUGAGACAAGCAGUCAUCAAGGCAUAUUUCUAUGGGCCAGAGCGUCAGUUUUCACCUCAUUCAAGCACGGCCAGCUGGUCAGAGUACACGGUGCUGAGAGUAGGGGGAGGGCCGCAGGCACCACAGUCAGCGCUGCCUAUCGGAGCAGCGAGGGUUUCAGACCCACUUCGCACUGCACUGGUGGUUCUUUCUCGAGAGCUGGAGCAUCAUGUACUGGCAGUUUCACAUGCCAAGGAGGAGAAGGACGCUGUUACAGGGAGCAUCGCUGGAUUCAUCUGCAUUACGCAAGUGGAUAUUGCCAAGGGCAAGAUUAUGUUCAUAGCACCCAGUCCAGGGCCACUACCAGGGAAGAUUCUCCUCUUUGGCUCCCUGACAUGGGUGGAAUAG